AAAAAAUCACGGUGUAUUAUUACAUAUUAUUUUAUGUUUCUAGCCACAACUAACAAAGCAUAAAUAGCAGGUCUAUGCAGAAUAUGGCCAGAGCCCACCAUAUAGCAUAGUAUUACUAAAAUCAUGUACGCGAAGUAAGCAUAUUAUUAUUAUAGCAUGAUUAUUAGCUCCCUAAUAAUCUAACACAAAGCUGAGCAACUGUCAACAAAGAUAUGGCUGUAUGGGCUUAGAUCCCUUUACCUUUUCCAUGAGGGAUAAAUUAAAAAAAAUAGCAACUGUCAGAUGUCCUGUCAAAAGAAAGUUUUGAAACGGCGCGGGGGAUAUUUGCGAAAUUUUGAAUUUAAUUAUAACUUUUCACUCUCAUAACCCACUUAAAGCAAUAAAUAUGAGUUAUGUAAAGAAUAACGACUAUCGUAACCUACCCUUUUGUGCCGAGACGCCUUUUGGAAACUUUUACACAUAUUCUGAUUUAAGAGACAUCCCAGACAAAUGCUACUUAAAUAAAGAUGAAAUAAUAAAAUGCAGGACCGUUGGGAUUCUACAAAGUUUAAACGGUCGAUAUUAUUUGAGUGACAUGGAGACAGGGCAACAAUCUGAACCCCUUGUUCAAGUUUCAGUGGUCUACUUGAAGUCUCCUCCGCAGUCAACUAUAAUCCCAUAUCCUGUCCAGGUGUUUGGUAUGCUGCAGUGGAAGAAGAGACCUGUUAUAUUUGCUACAAUACUACAGAUAAUGAAUGUAAAAACUGCCAUUAGAGUUAAAAAUGCUUUAAGUGCUAUUGCCAAAUUCCAUCUCUCUGAGAUUGAUGCUGAGCAAAAUUGUAAAGAAGAAUUGCUGUCUUGAGGACACUAUGGUAAAUCAAAAUGAACUGAUCUUAGACAAAAUGAAAGGUAA